AUUUUUCUGCCUCGGCUGAGAUGGCUGGGGUGAGACAAAAAAAGAUUUGUUGGCUUUGAAGAUCUUGUGGCAGUUAAUAAACCAACACUAAAAAUUUAAAAGAACCCAAUAAAUUGGUCCUCAUAUUUCUAAAAUCCAUAUCCCCAACCAAAUCCAUUUUCUUCAUUGUUUUUUUACCUAUCCUAAAUCUCAACAUGCAAUUUCUCACUGUAAUGUGAUAAAUCUCUUGAGCCCAUUAGUUCAUAUCUGUCAAUGCCCCAGAAAUGCCAGGAACCAUACAAGUUACAGUGCUGGGAUUCAAAGGUGUUUCAUCUUCAUCAGAGCCUUCCGCAAAAUCCCUAAAAGGCAACCCCAUCACAAAACUUGGUGAGGAUUUAGUUGUUGCCCUUUUGGAUGCUGCAGGAAAUGUAAUAACUCGUGCAGAUAUUCGGACGAUGAAAAUAAUCGAGAAGGGAUUUUGGGAUGAAGUUUUCUCCAUUAAUCGGGGAGGACACGUGCACAUGAAAUUGCAAUUUGUUCUCAGUGAGGAGGAACGCAAUCGAAUUCGUGCUAUGAGAGAAUCUGCUUUGAAGAAGAAACUUGAAAAGAACCCGAACUUCAACCUUAAACAUACUGAAACCAUUUCUGAUGUAUUGAGAACUAAAGUUGACGGCUCUCAAGCUAGUUCGUCUUCAACUUCUCCUUCUUCAUCUGCCACGUCACAAUCGAGUUAUCAAAAGGAAGGUGUAAGCAUACUCGAAAGUGCAGUAAUCCCAGUUAAGGAAUUAUCAAUCGAAGUGAAAUCUCUGAAGAAAACGCCAUCCGUGCCAUCUCAAUUAAACAGAUUAUUAAAACGCGAGGAUAAAAGUCUGAAGAAAGCGCCAUCUGUACCAUUCCGACUCAACAGAUUUACAACCGAACAUUUGACGGAGGCCCCACGAGAGUCGGAUUUAGCUGUAAAGACAGAAUCUUGUAGAGAACAAACUGUAAAGGAACUCGACAAAUUACCGUACGAUUUAGCAAGGCAGACCUCUUCCAGAAAAGCAACGACUUCCGGAAGAACGAUUUCUACGGAGACUGUAAAUUCUUCCGGAAAUUCAGGCGAAGAAGGAAUCGGGCGUGAGAGUAGAAGAAGAGGAACCAGGGCAAAAUCCGAAGGUUCUCUAGAAUGUUCCGAAGAGGGAAGAUAUAGUCCUUGUCUAGGCUUUGGUACGUGGAUAUUUCCAGAUAACACGAGAAGAUUGUGUGUCACAACUGCAGACAACUACAAAAUUAUGUGCUCCCAACAGAAUGAGAUGAAUAGAGCAGAAUGUAAGAGUGGAAAGAAUGAGGACAAAGUUUCCGAGCCGCCAGAUGGCUCAUCCAAUGGCCACAUUGGACAGGUAGUAAAAAUUGCUGUCAUUCUCGGUUUUGGAGUAUUUGUUCUGCUCACCAGACAGAAAGAACCACGACACACAUACCAAACAGCAUAA